AUGCCAAAUCUUGGCCUCUGCACGUCUCUUCCAGAUACACCUCCAACACCAACUCCUGCUCCUCGCGUCACUCCAAUACCGGCUCCUAUUACACCGCGACUGGCAUCCGUACCGGCACCUGCACGUGUCAAUGCUAAUGGUCCCGCGAGACUGACACCCAAGCGGGUAGUUCGGGCUCGUAAUUUGGAAGGAGUCUUGGCUCGGAGUCCAGACCGCGGUGACGAGGAUCUAGCUUGCAAGGAAUUCAAACGCUCUUUAGACUCGACAUCCUCUGCAGAGAUCGGAAGCCGCGGUGGAGGAGGCGCAGAUGAUGACGGUGAAGAUGACGGUGUGGAUGGAGAUUGGGAUGAAGGUGGGGAUGGAGACGGGGUUGAAGGCGGAGAGAAAGGUGGAGAGGAAGGUGGAGAAGAAGGUGGAGAUGAGGAUGAAGGCGGAGGUGAGGGCAGAAAUGGCGGGGAAAGGUGA